AUGCGCGCACCGUCUCGCGAUGCCCCCGAGCACGCGCACGAGCACGAGCACGAGCACGAGUCCCUCAAAUACCAUCUGCUGGGCCCCUCGCUCACCAAGGCCGGCCAGGACUCGGUCGACCAGGCAAAGGUCUCCGAGAUCAUCUACCACGCCUCCAAGGGCUCCAAGUUCUUCAACAACGAGGAGGCCAAGGACAGGACGCUGACCGACAAGAUCGAGAGGAUCCUCGCCAAGAAGCGUGCGCUCGAGAAGCUUGACCUGACCUCCGACAUGCGCAGGGCCGAUGACUACAUCGCCGAGCUCGAGCUGGGCCGCGAUCUGAGCCAGGUCGUCGUCCAUCUCGAUUGCGAUGCCUUCUACGCCGCCGUCGAGGAGCUCGACCGACCCGAGCUCAAAGACGUUCCCUUUGCCGUUGGCAAGGGCGUGCUGACCACAUGCAACUAUCACGCAAGGAAGUUUGGCUGCCGCUCCGGCAUGGCCGGCUUCGUCGCCAUGAAGCUCUGUCCGCAGCUUAUCUGCGUUCCCAUGAACUUUGCAAAGUACUCGGCCAAGGCUGAAGAGGUCCGCGAAGUCCUGGCCUUGUAUGAUGCCAAUUUCGAGAGUGCCAGCUGUGACGAGGCCUACCUCAACCUUACCGAGUACUGCCAAAAACACCACAUGACGCCCCAAGAAGCUGUCAGCCAAAUGCGUGCCGACGUCUAUGAAAAGGCCAAAAUCACCGUGUCUGCUGGUAUCGCCGCCAACGCGAAGCUGGCCAAGAUCUGCUCCAACAAGAACAAGCCCAAUGGCCAGUUUUUGCUUCCCAGUGACAGACAGACUAUCAUGGAGUUUAUGAGAACGCUGCCCACGCGCAAGGUCAACGGCAUCGGCCGUGUCUUUGAACGAGAGCUAGACGCUAUAGGCGUCAAGACAUGCGGCGACAUUCAUGCCCACCGAGCGUAUCUAGCAAAGCUUUUCGGCCAGAAAGCCUUUCAGUUUCUCAUGCAAUGCUACCUUGGCCUUGGGCGUACCGUCAUCAAGCGAGCAGAAGAUUACGAGCGUAAAAGUGUCGGCACAGAAACCACUUUCAAAGAGUUACAGGCUCCAGACGCUCUUCGCGACAAGCUCCGUCAGAUCGCGGAGGAGCUGGAAGGCGACCUCAAGCGUACAGAAUACAAAGGCCGCACACUCUGCAUCAAGAUCAAACUUCACACAUACGAAGUGCACACGCGGCAGACCACGCCACCCUUUGCUAUCCACAAAGCAGACGACUUGUUCAAGUACGGUCUACCGAUGCUCGAGAAGCUGAUGAAGGAAAUACCCAAUAUGCGGCUGCGACUAAUGGGCCUGCGCGUUACGCAUAUCAUCAGCACCAAGAAGCCUGGAAUCGACUUCUUUGGCCGAGCCGCCAAGAAACCCUACUCGACUGCGAAGACGCCCGCCUCCAAAGACGAUGAAGUUUGGGAAACAUGGCCAGAGGAGGAGUUCGAAGAAGCAGCGCGGCAAGAACGAAACGACGAGAUGAACGAGCUGGAGAAGCUGUCCCAAGAGCACGAACAACAACAACAACAGCAGCAGCAGCAGCAUGGAAAUGAGACUACGACCACCACACAAUGGCAAUGCCCCAUCUGUAAUAUUCCGCAAGCCCCAGACGACGCAAGCUUCAAUGCCCAUAUUGACUUUUGUCUUUCCAAGCAAACAAUCAAGGAAGCCGUCAAGUCGACGACACCACCACUCUCAGCCCGCGAAAGACAAGCCAGUGCUUCAAAAUCAAUGCCCAAAAAGGGAAAGCGUGGACGCCCGAGAAACGAUACCCUUCCUUCUGAGCAAGAGGCUCGCGAGAAGCGGAGAGGCUUUUUCUCAUUGGGCAAUGGGUGA